CUGGGCGACGUGUUGACGUCACCCGCCCUACGUGGCUGUGGAGGAAUGUGCGGAAACUUGUCCUCUGUUUUCUCUGUGCGCUGCUCGUCGAAGAAAAAAGUGACAAAGCUGCAAAAAGUGAGGAAAAGUGGAGCGAAGUCCGGACGGGAAGAGUCGGCAAACAGCUGAAAACAACAUGGCGGCUCAGACUGUGUUCUCUGUGGGGAUGUUUCCUGUGGGCGUGUCUCUGAUGGAGGAUGCUCAGAGUCUCAGCGACAUGCCUGGGAACACGCUGCCCGCCCCUCAGCUGGUAAUGCUGGCCAAUGUGGCAGCAGUGACGACUGGGGAGGGCGGCAGCGGCGAAGGCAGCGCGGCAGACGAGAAGGAGAUGAUGGAGCUGAAGACGGUGGGAUGUAACUACUCGGACAGUGAGGACGACAGCAUCAUCAGGUACAGUUACGACAACCAGAACCAAAGAGAGUUCUGCAUCAUCGAGUACCCCGAGUCCCCAGGCCCCAACAUCAAUGCUGUGGUCGUAGGGAACAACGCAGAGGAGCUGAGAGAGGACAGAGCUGAAGACCUGUCCCGGUGCACUCAGUCUUGCCCCCCUGCCGCAACUAAAACACCCGAGCAGGGCGUCAAACGCAAAGAUGUCCCCCCCAUCUCUGAGGCUGCCGUAGCUGCUGCUGCCAUGGAGAGAGCCAAGAAGAAGAAGAAGACGUUCCACUGUAAGCCGUGUCACUUCCAGGCUGAGAAUGAGCAGGAGUUCGUUCAACACCUCAGUACGCACAGCAUCAGUAAGAUGAUGGUGGUGAACAAGGUGGAGGGCCGCAGCAAGACCAGGACCAAGGAGAGGGACACACCGGAGUUCCAGGCUCCGCCCAGCGGGGAGGCAGAGGGCGGCGGGGACACCACGGGGACAGCAGGGGACAUCAAAGGACUGAUCAGGUGUGAACGGUGUGGCUACAACACCAACAGAUACGACCACUAUAUCGCCCACCUGAAGCACCACAGCAAGGAGGGUGACGACCACAGGGUGUUUAAGUGCACACUGUGCCCGUACACCACAGUCAGUCAGUACCACUGGAGGAAACACCUGAGGAACCAUUUCCCCAGCAAACUGCACACCUGCAGCCAAUGUUCCUACUUCUCUGACCGCAAGAGCAACUACAUCCAGCACAUCCGCACACACACAGGUGUCCGUCCGUUCCAGUGUCUGUACUGUGACUACUCCAGCUCACAGAAGACUCACCUGACCCGUCACAUGAGGACUCAUUCUGGUGAGCGUCCCUUCAAGUGCGAGAGUUGUAAUUACCUGGCAGCCAACCAACAUGAGGUGACCCGCCAUGCCCGGCAGGUCCAUAACGGUCCCAAACCUCUUUCCUGUCCAUACUGUGAGUACAAGACGGCAGAUCGCAGCAACUUCAAGAAGCACGUGGAGCUCCACCUGAACCCCCGUCAGUUCCUCUGUCCUCUCUGCAAGUAUGCGGCUUCCAAGAAGUGCAACCUGCAGUACCACAUCAAGUCCAGGCAUUCAGGCUGCAACGUGAACAUGGACAUCUCAAAGGUCAAACUGCGCAUUAAAAAAAAUGGUCCUGGCGCUGCAGAGCACAACUCCACAGCAAGCACACUGGACAACUCAUCCAGUGUUGAGGAAGACUUUGACAUGGACGAUGGGGACGAGGGUGUGGACUCAAAUCCGAUCAAUCUGUCCAUCAGAAAGAGCAGCAGGCCCUGCAGCGCAGAACAGGUGCAGAGUGAAGCACCUGACAGGGUCCAGAAGAAAGCUAGUGUCCCGUCUGAGAAAGAGAAAGUUCCAAAGGUGAAGGACAAGGUGGAGCCAGAGAAAAAGGUCACAACAAGGCAGAAGAAGAUAGAGAAAGUUAAUGAGAGGCGUCUGGAGAAAGAAGCUGUUAAAGAACCCCAGACAGAGACAACAACCACUGCUGUAAAUACAGACAACAAGGCCAAGAGACGAGUCAAGAAGCUGCCGGCAGAGAAAACAACAGUCCAGAAUCAAACCGACAAAACUGAAGCAGGAAAAGUCCAAUUACAGAAAUCUGACCUGCAGAGACCAGAGAUGGAAAGAGAAGGGAAGCCUAUGAAGGAGAAAGACCUCCAGAAGAAUGACAGCAGUGGAAAAGAGAACAAAAGCUUCAAUAAGCCAAGGAGGUCUGUAUCAAAGAAGUCAGAAAAGACAGAACCCGCCGAGGAAGCUCUGCAGAAAUUGGACAGUCCAGAGAAGAGUCAGAAGGAGAAGGUGGUGAAGGAGAAAGCUGCAAAGAGGAAAGCAGUGGAGGCUCUGGAUCUGUCCAAAAGGUCCUCUUCUGAGACUCCAUCCAAGACCAGACGGCUGAAAACUACAGCUGCAGAGAAAACUGCUGCAGAAGUUGCAAAAAAGAUAAAUGAUGCCACUCAGGCAUCAAACAAGUCCAAUGGGACAAGUGUGAAGCAGAAGAAGACCAGGAACACCAGCAAGAAGCAACAAGCAACCAGUCUUCAACAGCCUGUGGAUCAAACUAAAGACAAGAAGGAAGGAUCCACUCCAGGAGGAACUGCUCAGCUUCACGACCCAACACAAACCACCAGCCCAGAUCCCCAACUGACAGGAAACAGCCCUGCACAGGAGAAAGCCUCCACACAAACAGCUUCAACAGAACCAGGAGAGACUCUGGUCAAACCUGCAGAGAAGAUGGAGGCUUCAUCCACCUGCAUCUCAGGUGAGGACACUCCUCUUCCAGCUGAAGGCCACCCCACCCCCACCUUUGUUAAACCCACGUCACCGCCUCCUCUGGUGCUUCCGGGUCAGCGAAACAAACCUGCUGAUCCGGAGGACGAUGAGGGCAUCCACAGCAGCCACGAAGGAGGAAGUGACAUCAGCGACAGCGCCUCCGAGGGCAGCGAUGACUCUGGCCUCAACGGUAACGGCGCUGGGUCGGGAAAAAUGGCCAAUGACCCCGAGACGCCCACAGACGAGAUCCCAACGCCAACGGAGCUCAAGGGUCACAUGUGCAUCUUCUGCGACCGGACCUUCCCUCUGGAGGUGGAGUACCGCCGUCACCUGAACCGCCAUCUGGUCAAUGUGUACUACAUGGAUAACACGGCCAAGGGACAGAAGUGAGGGCCUGUCAGAGCUCAUGUGCAGAGCUCACAGACUUCCUCCAUGACAGAAUCGAUGACUCCCAGUGAUCGAUCACAGGUGGUGUUUACUUGAUGACUCUGUAGACAACGUGUAGGUGGAUGUUUUCUUCUUUGUUGUGAAUCUGUUACAUCAUCAGAUCAUGUGUCAGCUGCAGCGUCGUUACGUUUCAUUUCUAAUGAUCAAAUUUAAAAUCUUUGUUCAUUGGGUGUGUUGAUGAUUUGAGGACCAGGACAGGAUGUUCGACAGGAUUAGCUGAUAUCAUCGUCCUGCUAAUAGACUGUUUGAUAAGAACAUAAUAAAGUCUGAGGCCGUCAGUCAGAAUCACUUCCUUGUUGUAAGAUAUUGUACGUUGUUUAAAACCUACUGUGUCCAAAUAUAAAUUGCAAUGAAACAUUGAUUUUUAACAACA